GUCAAUUGUCCGCGAUAAAAUGAGCGGAUAACAAAUACAUAAAUCAGCCUUGACUCAGUCUCCCGCCUACUGUUGAGGAAGGCUGUCGUUUUGGACCACUGCUCCUCUGAAUAAUAACGCAUAUUAAAUCAUGACGAAAUACGAGCCUGUACCAUUAGUGUACAACUUAGUGGAGCCUGAUGGCGGUGCAACAGACAAACCACCUGUCAUAAUCCUCCAUGGCUUGACAGCUUCAAAAGAGUAUUGGUAUGACAUUCCGAAGACUGUCGCAAAUGCAACAAAACGAAAGGUGUACGUGUUGGAUUCCAGAAACCAUGGAGAUAGUCCAUGGAGUGACGUAUUCAAUUUCGAUUGCAAUGUAGACGACCUGUUGCACUUUAUGGACACCAUCAAGACUCCUAAAGCUAUUCUUAUUGGGCACAGUAUGGGAGGAAUAACCAGCAUUAAGACUGCUCUGAGAGCUCCUGAGCGAGUAGAAAAGGCUGUCAUAGAAGAUAUGACUGUCAGCAAAGUCAACGCACAAAUCAUUGAGAUGAUCUAUAAUAAGAUAGGCUUGGCGAGAAAAGCAUUAGAAGUGAUGCCAACCGGACUGGACGAAAAAAGCGCCAGGCUUUUCAUCAUAGAUUUUAUCAUCGAAGCUUUACCUCCAGAAGCAAAACAAUACGUUCGAUUCGAUGAGAAUGGUUACAUGAUUCCAUUGAAGAAGACUGAAGACGGACGAUAUACUUUUAAAUCCAACAUAAAUGGUUUGCAAAAUGCUGUAAAAAACGCAGAACAAUCAGAUGAAACUGAGAAGGGGAGGGUGUUUGAAGGACCAAUCUGCUUCAUAUAUGGGAAAUUAUCUCCUUUUCAAGUAUCUAAGGAUGAAGAAGUUAUCAAAAAGGUGUUUCCCAAUGCUGAGUUGGUGGGCGUUGAGGGGGCAACUCACACAGUCCACAACGACUGCCCUGCUGAAUUCAAGGAGACUGUCCUCAACUUCCUGCUAAAAGAAUAGAGACAUUCCUCCUGAAGAAUAAAUUAACGACUGUGAUUCUUUUGCUACUGCUUGAAUGAAAUUCAUUAUUUAAUGUUAUAAAUCUCUGGAAUCCCAUUUUCAUUCUGUAAUAAAGAAAAUGGUAUAUCGGU